GGCCUGGCGAGCAGCUGAGGGGAAGCGCGCAGAGGGGCAGGGAAGGAGGCGGGGCGGGCAGGGAAGGGGGAGGCGGCCGGGAGGCGGCCGGGCGGCGGGAGCACAACCCCGGUGGGCGGCGGCAGCGGCCGUUGCAGCCGUCGCGGGUCCCCCGCUCCUUCUCCCGGCGGCGAUGCUGCAGCUACGGGACUCGGUGGAAGGCUCCGGCGAGGCGGCGCUGAUGGUCCCGGCGGCCGAGGCCGACGUCCCCUUCACGCCUCCGGGCGACCUGUCGCCUUCGUCGUCCUUGCCGCCCAGGCAGACCCUGCGGCCCCUCAGCGUCCGCAACCCGACCCGCGGAGGACGCCUGAAGGAGUACUUCGUCUUCCGGCCAGGAACAAUAGAGCAGGCUGUCAAUGAGAUACGUGUGGUGGUGCUGCCCACUGAAGAUGGAGAAGUGCAAAGUGUAUGGCUGCUGACCGAAAUUGAUCAUUGGAACAAUGAGAAGGAGCGAUUGGUUCUUAUCACUGAUUGGUCCCUUCUGAUCUGUAAAUACGACUUCAUCAGCCUGCAGUGCCAACAAGUGACCAGAAUACUACUUAAUGCAGUUGAUACAAUUUCAAUUGGAGAAUUUGAGUUUCCUCCAAAGUCACUGAAUAAGCGGGAAGGCAUUGGAAUUAGAAUUCAAUGGGAUAAGCAAAGUCGUGCUUCCUUCAUCAAUAGAUGGAACCCAUGGUCCUCAAACGUCCCGUAUGCUACUUUUACAGAACAUCCAAUGGCCGAUGCAGAUGAGAAGAUCGCCUCUCUUUGCCAAUUAGAGAACUUCAAGACACAACUGAUUCAAGCCGUGAAGAAGGCCCAUAAGGAGUGUCCUCUGCCUGGGAGAGCGAAUGGAGUUCUGGUGCUGGAACGGCCUCUUCUCAUUGAGACCUACCUAGGUUUGAUGUCCUUCAUCAACAAUGAAGCCAAGCUCGGCUAUUCAAUGACAAGAGGCAAAAUUGGAUUUUAACUGCCACUAAAAAGAUAGCUUGCUUCCCCAAAGAAGAUCGGGGAGAAUUCACUGCCUAGCAGCUUUGUGGACGAAGAAGGUGGGGGGAAAGCGUUGAUGGGUUUGGUUAGUUUUAGGAUCACUCAGCGGAAAACUUGCUUUGUCAUAAAAUUCAUGUAUUAUGUUGGCCACUUUCUCAGGUGUAUCAAUUUAUUUCAUGACCAGAUCUCUUCUUUCCUCUUGCACAUCACCAGCCUUCGCAUCCAAUCCAAUGAAUGAUACCACCGCCCUACACUAUUCCAGCUAAGAAUUUUCCCUCCUAAAUGUGUCUUAUGAUCGGAAGCAUGUUUUCCCUUCUGUGAACACACUGUUAUUGCAAGUCUUAUUUCUAUAUACUUGAUAUCUUCUUUUUUUGUAGGGUAAAUUCUACUCUCUCUGAUAAAAGGGAUGAUUCUGGUCAGUGUGAAAAGGGUUAUGAACUAUUUAGCCAAAUACAACUCAUUUUGAUUGCAUCUAAGUUAACCUUUAAAUCUGAGGCUGCAUGUUUGUGGUGAAUUGAAAUGAGGUUGAGUGGUUGUAUUUGCCUUUAAGUACCUUAUACAGUUCUAAUGCAGACUUGUCUAAUUAUGGCUUCUUGUUGCACAACAUCUGGAAAUCCUCACUGUAAACACAUGGGCAACGUGGUCUGCUUUCACAAGGAUUUUUGCCACAUGGGAUCAAGUUUUUUCUAUCUAUAUGAAAGGGAAUUUUUGAUUAGCUUUAUAUUUUUUUUAACCUAAAAUCAGAUUAAUAGCACCAAAGCACGUAUGCAACAAAUGCCAUGGGAGAGCCUAUAUAGUUACUCGAAUUUGUACAUAGCUAUACCUCUAUUAAAGUGAAGGAGAUAAAGUGACAUUAAAGUCUACUACAUGUACCCCCUCCCCCGUGGCUAGGCUAUAGAGGACUACAUGGGACUUCCAGGAGCAGCUCCCACAACCUUCAGAAACCCACCCCCAAGUGUUAGGAGCCUCUCUAGAGGGGCAUUCCAUAUGGGGUACUACCAGGGGGUGGGGGAUGCAUCUUCCCACUUUGUCUGCAUGAGUUGCUUUGGAUCUCUGCCAGUACCUUGAGUCUGCUCAUUAAAUCUUUCUACAAAUGAUCAAGCUGUCACUUGGUUGAAAAUAUGGGUGGUAAGAGUUACUGCUAACAGCAGUACUGGUAAACAUAUUUUAUGAUGUUGGACUCUCUGAAACGCUGCAAAAUGACAAUGGUGCUGGAAUGCAACAGAUCACAUGUCGUUUUGUUUUAAGCCAUGUAUGUUUA